UCAUCCCUCUAAACCACCAGAUUUAUGGGAAUGAACUACGAUUCUCAUUCUUCUCUUUCCACAAUGCCCACUUUCUCUCUCUAAUAUCUCUCUCUCUCUUUCUCUUUCUACUCUAAUGGCUCUUCCUCAACUCCUCCCUUCUCCAUCUUCUUCAUCUUUCACUCCCAAACCCUACUUAAACCCCAAUUCCUUAAACCCUACACCUAGAUCUCUCUCCUCAACACCCUCUCUGCUCCGCCACCACCGCCGCCGGAAACCUAAUUUCCUCCGCUGCUCCGCCUCCUCCUUCUCCGAGAAGCACCACACCGGCUCCCCCAAAUCCGACGACGUAAUCGAGCUCCCUCUCUUCCCUCUCCCUCUGGUGCUCUUCCCCGGCGCAAUCCUCCCCUUACAAAUCUUCGAAUUCCGGUACCGUAUGAUGAUGCACACUCUCCUCCAGACCGAUCUCCGAUUCGGCGUUAUAUACUCCGACACCGCCACCGGAACCACCGACGUAGGCUGCGUCGGCGAGGUCGUCAAGCACGAGAGGCUCGUCGACGAUCGCUUCUUUUUGAUUUGUAAAGGUCAGGAGCGGUUCCGAGUCACUAGACUGGUUCGGACUAAGCCGUAUUUGGUGGCGGAGGUGGCGUGGUUGGAGGACCGGCCCUCCGGCGACGGCGAGGAGGAUUUGGAUGCUCUGGCCAAUGAGGUGGAGACUUAUAUGAAAGAUGUGAUUCGAUUGUCCAAUCGAUUGAAUGGGAAGCCUGAGAAGGAAGUUCAGGACUUGCGCAGGAAUUUGUUUCCGACUCCAUUUUCGUUCUUCGUUGGGAGUACUUUCGAAGGCGCGCCGAGAGAGCAGCAGGCGUUGCUUGAAUUGGAGGAUACAUCGAUCAGAUUGAAGAGAGAGAAAGAGACUUUGAGGAAUACGCUUAAUUACUUGACUGCAGCGUCUGCAGUGAAAGAUGUGUUUCCGUCUUCGUGACCAAACGAGGGAUGAGAGGGGGGAAUAUGUGUGUCUCCUUGGUGAUUGAAUAGUAAAGAGAAUGAAGAGGUAGAGUAUAAUGAGAAAAUGAUAGAUUUUGUGUAGGUUCCAUCAAACAUGGCAUUGUUGGUCGGUUGAAUUGAGUUUGAGAAGUGUGGAACUAGCUUUGAAAAGGCAUGCAUUGAACAGAUUGUGAUUUCUGCAAGAUAUAUUUUCAAGUUUGUUAUUUCAGCAGUUCACUUGAGGUCCAAAUUAACGGUAGGUUGUGGUGUUAGCUCUUAAUUUUAAUUUUUUUAAAUUGUCUGAAGUGGCUUAUGCUUGGUGUUCUUACAUUUUUUAAAACUAAAAUAAAAAAAUUAAGGCAUUACUUCUUCUC